AUGGCUGUCGCAAGGCUAAGCUUCGCUGCUCUCGAGACCGUCCAGCAUGUUCCCACUGCAUCAAGAUUGCAAGAAUGUGUAUAUGAAAUCAGGAGAGCGAAACCAGGCAUUAAGGCUGGCGCCAUCGAGAACAUCCAAAGGCGUCUAGAUGCCCUUGAGCAGCGUUUGAGUCAGGAACCCUUGAGCUCAUCGGCUAGCACCACGCAGGACGACCGGCAGGGGAUCACUGCCGACCGGGUCGAAAGUCCAGCCGAAAGUGUUCUCGCCUUACUAGCUAAUGAGCUCCCCAAGCUUAUUGCGUCUUCAAAACAAAAUGUCCGAAGUUCCCAGGCUUCUAUGCGAGGUUCCAGCAAAAGGCGUCGUUCCAAUGGCACAGAUAUUGGCGAGGGCUCUGAACUCACGAGAAGUGAUCCGCCUUUACCGUCUUCUAGAGCGCUCGAGUCCUACAUUGACACCUACUUCACUCAUGUCCAUCCCUGGAUACCCAUGCUUAACCAAGAUCGGUUUCGCCAACGCAUUGAAGAUCCCAGCGAACUACCAAAGCUCAAGGUCAUACUUCAGGCACUUGUCAUGAUAGCAUCCAGGUAUUUACCCCAUGAGCUUGGGUUGAGCGAAAUAUGGGCAGGGGAAAAAACACGAGAGUGGGUCAUUUUAAGGUCAAUGGAAAGCAAUACACUGGAAGGCUUGCAGGCCUUGAUUAUCAUAGCUUUUGACGAUAUUGGAAGCGGGGAUGCUGACCGUUCCUGGGCCAUCAUAGCAUCGCUAAGCCGAAAGGUCGAGUUUCUCCAGCUUACCAUGGACCCCGAAGACGGAGCAGCCCAGCCUAUUUGCAGACCAUUCUCAUACUUGGGGCCAGCCAAGGAUUGGACCGACCAGGAGGAAAGGCGCCGCGUCUUUUGGAAUGUCUUUCUACUCGAUAGGUAUUGCUCCAUCACCAUGGGCUGGAAUACGAGCCUAACCUCUGUCGAUGUUCACCAACGACUCCCAUGUGAUGGUAUUCUGUGGCGCAAACAAGAGGCGGUUCAGACGCCUUAUCUCGGCAUUUGGGAUAAAUCAACAGGGGGCAUGGGCAAUAUGGCAGCAAGCCGCUCUCGUCGAGACGUCGAGACGCCUGACCAGACAGACCGGCGAAAUCAGAUUGAGUCUGACCCAAACGAAAGCGACGUGUCGCAGAUAGGAGCAUUUGCUUACAGCGUCGAGGCCACCGAGUCAAUGAGUAGAGUCACGACAUACUUCCUACAGCAUCGCUUUGACCCCAGCAACCCGGACGCAGUCAACUCUUGGCUUGCGAGGUUCAAAGAGCUUGACCUGCGUCUUGUUCAGUGGAAGAUGUUCUUGCCCAAGAAGUGGAAUUUUAGCGUUUUGAGACAGGCCUCACGAAUGGACCCCAACCUCACUCUCGCCCACGUCAUCCAUAAUGCAUCUACAAUUCUACUUCAUCAAGUCAUCGCAUGGCCACGACCGUCGUGGCCGUUCAGAAAACGGUUGCCUAGCGUAUGGAGCGCUGAUACUUGUUGCUCUGCUGGUGUCGAGAUAUCAACGAUUGCUCGCAAGUAUUUGGAAAGUACGCCGGAUCCUUUGCCUAUAACCAGUCCGUUUGCGUUCUGUUUAUAUAUCGCAGCCAAGAUGCUGCUCAUCCACUGGAAGAGCGACCCUUCGAAUGAUCGCUUGGAUGAUUUUGAAUCAAUAACACAAAGCUUGCAAGAAAUGUCCAGACGGUGGAAUGGCGCAAGCAAAGAGCAGCCAAAGGACCUCGCUUUCAAAUAUGUUACUAAGCUAAAGGACAUGUACAGGCGAUUCCAGGAGGAUCAAAGCUUUAAGAUUAUUGUGUCAGACUAUACCCAGGAGAUGGAGCAUCGAACUUGGGAUCAUAUGCCAGAAAGUGUGACCGAGAGAAGGAACGCCCAACAGUGGGCUAAUGCAUUAGAGCUGCAACAACCUUGGCAGUCUCAACUGCCGGCAAACAGCACCACACCGUACCCUCCACGUUCGUCGCCAGUCCAAUAUCAAGAUGCGGGCAGAAAUCAGGGUUCUAUGGACAACACUGGCUCAGACAUCUUGAAUGAUGCGACUGGAAUGAUUUCCAGGCAAUUCAUGCCAGUAGAAGAAUACUUCAUGGACAUGGAUCGUGUUAUUGCCUUUGAUGAUGGAAGUCUCUUUAUGGCUGGCAUGGACAAUGGAGCUUGGUAAACUACCCAGAUAUAUAAUAAAUUAGAUAUGUAAUUAUAUAUAUCUAUUAAGCUGUU